AUGAUAGGAAUAUAAUUAUGUUGUUUAUCAGAAGAUUGCUUUCGAGUUUUAACGAAUCAAGAUAAUUUGAAUAAUCACAUAACUCAUAGAAUAGUUACUUCAUAAUAAAUAAUUGAAGCCUACAAAUAAAGCCUGUUAGAAGAAUUAUCAGAUGGAGUGUAUUUGGACUUUUUGGAAAAACAAAGUCAUAAGCAGUCGAAUUUGUAAUAGUUCAUCAAAACGCUGACCACUGAAAUUUACGAUUUUUAGUAAAAUGUAAUUUAACAGACAAAAUUAUUAAUCGAUCAUUUAAAUUCCAUCGAUGUAGGCCAAUUAGUCGAUUAGGAAAUUAUUUAAAAUUAUUAAAACAUUCUAAAUAGAUCGAUAGAUUGCAACGAUGUUAAUCAAUUAAUAAAAAUUGUGUAACCUCAGCAUUCUUUCAAUGAAAAAUAGUUAAAGGAUGGCAACAAUGACAUCUAAGGAUUCGGAACAAGUUUGAAUAUCAAUAUUCAAAAUAAGAUAAAGAUUAUGAAACCCAAGUGUUUCUAUAAGGAUAUUUAGGAGAAAUCUUAAAUAUAAGGAGAACGAAUCAAAUUCAUCUAAUCAAAACUUGAGGAAUUAAAUGUGGAUUUCACAUCUAAACUGAAUCAAUGGACGAAAACUGUAGAAUCCUUAUUUUCAUUCUAAUAAAUUUCAUAAUUUACAUUGAUACCCUAAACUAAGUCUAAAGUCAUUAAGUCACCAGCUGUAGCUAGAAUAGAGUUGCAUAACCUAUGCAAAGAUACUUUAAUUUACGCUCAUUCAAAUUAAAUUCACCUUUUUGACAUUGACACUAUGAAAAUGAGUCAUUCAGUAAAAUUUAAUCACUCUAUUAUUGAUUACACAGUAGACUCAGAGAAACUUCUAAUUGCAAUAAUGAUUGGCAUAGAUUUGUUACUCUACAAUCUUAUUUCUUUGAAAAAGAUUAGACAAUUCAAAAUAACUAUAGACACAAAUAAAGGAGUUGCUUUGAAAUUCUUUGAGAAUUAAAUCUGUGUGAGCUCUGGGGUUUCCCUAUAAUUUUUCCCCAUUUUCCCUUCUUCAUCUAUGCCACAAUUUAAUCAAUCUCUAAAUUUUCAUUCCUACUGGGAUAAAAUUCAGGUCUUGGAGUAUUGUGUUAUAAAUAAAUUUGGAGUUUAAGAAAUGCUUCUUGUCUUGGGGACUACAAGUGGAUUAAUUUCACUAUUUAAUUCAAAUUUCAAAGAAUUGUUUUCAAAGCAGUUUCAUCAAGGUCCAAUUAAUUAAUUUAGAUACCAAUAAUCAAAAAAAUAUGGUAAAGUUUUGUUGUCGGUUGGGGAUGAUUUAAGGGUGAAUUUAUAUCAAAUCGAGAAUACUUUUCUCAAAUGCAUUUAAAUGAUAACAUUUGAAUCUCAAAUUUUGGAUGUGCUGUUAUUCAAAAACUAUUUUUUAGUCACAACUAAAAAUUAAAAUCUAUUCGAAAUUUAUAUGAUCAAUGAAAACACGGAAUGUUAAAGAAUUGAGAUGGAUGGAGAUUUUGAAUGUGAUUGGAAGGACAGAUUAUUCAAUAUUGGUGAAAAAGUAGUUGUUGUAAAGAAUUAAAUUUACUUUUGUAAGCUUCUGUGA